GUAUGAGAGUAUGCUCAGAACGAUACGAGUGAGGUAAGAUGAUGUGUGUGGUCCUGAGCUAGUCACUUCCUUCAUCUCAAAAACGCAUUAAGAUGCCUUGGCAAAAUUUACGGAGCGCGACCAAUGCAGACGGGAUCGAAUCACUCCAUCGUGUCGCCGUUUUUGCCACUUGCUUAUUAACGAGGCUCACUUCAGUCUCCCUGUACAAUGCACUUCCCACGGAGCGCGAUUCUGCUUCAAGUCGACAGCUGCUCUCUGGUUCUCUCAAGACGUCACAGGCGCGUAUUACUCAUCGACUAUCAUGGCGCACUUCCAACAAAGCCAAUGGAUCGACCGGCUAUCACGCCUUCAAUGUGACCCUGAAAAACCCGUCCGAUCACCUGCAAGGACUUCGCUGCAGAGCAUCACCAUCCGUAAUUGAACCGAGGUCGCAGUUUUUACUCGCUGGCUCCGUGUCUCCGAAUUUACAACACGUGAAGCUUGACUUGACGACCAGGAUUUCCUCGAUGACUUGCACGGAUUGUUCCCCUUACUCGAAGAGGUCUAUCUGCGGAUGCAUUUCAUGCUCUUAAGUAUGACCGCAGUGCGAUAGCAAGAACGUUGCGAACUCUACCCCAAAGUCAGCACCUAUAGAUCCCAGAUGUGAAAUGUACCUGCGCUGGAUACACCACAAGAUUCACACAAGCCAUCACAAUAUCCGCCAUUUUAAAGUGGUCUUUCGUAGGAAAGCUUACUCUGGAUAUCACCGAAUACUUGUUGA